AUGGAUCAUGUGAGCCUUACUGAGUUUAUGAAGAUCACUGGUGGUGUAAAUCACAGAGGCGUCCGGACAGAUAUAAAUUCCAGAGCAUCUGUGAGCUGGGGGAAAAGGAAGCUUGUGUGAAAGCAGCGGUGAGGAAAGAGAGUCGACUUGCGGGUGGAAAACAGGUAGGUGCAUUUGUUCUUUGUUGUGAUUACAGUUCUUGUCUCUUCGUGCCUAGUUAUAAAAUACCAACUUAGCGAUAUUAGUAACAAAUCUUAACUCCAGCACCGCACGCAAUCCCAUGCAUCUAAAGUAAGUUCAGUUUGUUUUCAACAGGACUUAUCCCCAGGCUGAUGCUCAUACGAUUGCAAUCUAGGGCUGUAGGUUGCAAUACACACCUGGGAAUACACUCUCACUGAAUUUAGUGGGACAUACUUCUGAGCAGAUAUGCACAUAGACUUGCACUGUAAGAUGCUUGCAGGAUCAAGCAAAGUGGUUAAGAAUCCUUUGGAGGCUAUUACUGAUCAGAUGCCUUUUUAAGGUCCUCAUUCUUUGAUACACAGAAAUCAAAGUUCUCCAACUGUAUUGCUGCAUUGUGAAGAAGCACAUUAUGUAGAGGAAUACUGCUGCUGGAGUAUAUUCUCAAUGGAGUUUGUAGGAGCCAACGCCAAUGGCUGAGGUCCCUUCGCCCCUGCCCCCCAAUAUAAUAUUUGAAGGGGUCAGCCUCCCCGCCAAAAAGUUGAUGGGCAUUGCCAUUCAAAUGGUGUGUGUGCACUAUGUCUUGUGAUUGAUAUUUUUAUUCAAAUUGGCACCCCAGAUGUACUCCCCAGCUGAUCUGUUUCUUCACAAUGCAGUAGUACAAUUAGAUUGUUCUUGCUGCUUGCAAAUCCCUCAAAAUAAAGGCCUUAGAAAGUAACAGAAUAGGCUUUCACAACAUGGGAGCUUGCUAUGGAAAGAGCAGUUGAAAGAUUGCACCUUGAAGCCCACCUUUUCAGGUCUUACUGUUCUCUUUUUAUGUGCAUCUUCCCCUUUUUUCUAACAAUACCAUAAUUUUCAAUGACACUAACAUAGGUGUGUACAUUUUCUCUCUUCCUGCCCCCACCUUCAGGCCAGCAGCAUCUCCUUGGUGCCCAUUAAAUCAUGA